GGGCUCGUUGGACUUCACAUGCGUAAUAGGGACUUAGGCAAUUGGAUCGAGUUCUACAGGUGCUUCUUUCUUCAAUCGGAUCAAGAUCAAUUAUUUUUUUAAUAAUAUAUUCCUUGGCUGAAGUAAGGACACAUAUCAAUGAAAACAAAUCUUUUUCAAUUGUUUAUGUCAAAUCAAAGCUCUUGUGGUCUCCCAAAUCCAUCUACUUCCUCAAUCCAAAGCAUUCCCAUUUCUUUGAGAAAAUCCACAGCAAUUCCAGUCCAGUUGAAGGGUUUUCGCGUUUCAAUCCUUGCGAGAUGUCAUCCACAGCCCAUGUUGAGACCCACCUCGAUGUUGUGGAGAAACUCCUGUCCAAUGGAUUCAACCAUCUCCAAGUUAACAAGAAUUACAUAUUUCCUCCCAAUGAACGCCCCCACAUGGAGGAGGUUUCUCACUCUUAUAGAAUUCCAGUAAUAGACCUCAAAGAUUUAGAUGGUCCUGCUAGAAAAUCGGUGGUGAAUGAGAUCAAGCGUGCAUGUGACGAGGAUGGUUUCUUCCAGAUUGUGAACCAUGGGGUGCCGGAGACUGUGAUGAAAAGCAUGAUGGACAUUGCCAGAGAGUUUUUUGAAAUGCCCCUAGAAGACAGGGCAUGCCUCUGUUCAGAGGACACAAGGCAAUUGGUGAGGCUUUCUACAAGCUUCAACAUCACCAAAGACAAAAUCCUUAACUGGAUGGAUGUUCUAACACAGCACUGUCAUCCUCUGGAGGAAUUCAUCCAUAUAUGGCCUCAAAAACCUGCAGCCUACAGAGAGAUUGCAGGGAAGUAUGCUAAGGAAAUAAGAGUCCUCACUUUAAGGCUCUUUGCUGCAAUUUCUGAAGCGAUGGAGAAGGAUUCUGAUUAUUUGAACACAAUAUUUAAGAAGCAUAGACAGGUGAUGAACAUAAAUUACUAUCCUCCAUGCCCAAAUCCAGAUCUCACCCUUGGCAUAGCACCUCAUUCAGAUCCAGGAGGUAUCACUGUUCUAAUGCAAGGACUUGUUAGCGGCCUGCAAGUGCUCAAAGAUGGAAAAUGGGUAGCAGUGGAACCCACACCUAAUGCCCUUGUGGUAAAUUUGGGAGAUCAGUUGCAGGUUUUGAGCAACGGGAGAUUCCAGAGCAUCGAGCAUCGGGCUAUAACAAACAGUACCACUGCUCGUAUAGCUAUUCCUACCUUCUAUGGUCCUUCGUUGGAUGCAUUCAUUUCUCCUGCAGAAUCCAUGGUGGAUGAGGAGCAUCCAGCUCUGUACAGAGGAUACACGUAUGGAGAAUACAUGGAGGCAUUCCGGAGCCAGGGAUUGGAGAGAAAGAGCAUUGUGGAUCGCUUCAAGAUACAAAUUGGUCAAUGAUGUUGUUGAGUAAAGAAUUAUCUAUGCCAAUGGGGCAAAUGAUUUAGAACCUAUGUAUUUGAAAGAUCCUUCUGGGCUAAACUGCCUAAGUUGUUUGAGUUCCUAUGUUUUGGGUUUUCUUCCUGAACCAUGGUAUCUAUCAUGAGGGAAAAGCCCAAAGUCUGUAAUUUCUAGCAUUCAUGUAUGUUAUUACUGAUUCUAUUUGCAUAUGUUAAUAUAUCCUGGUGGAUUCCAUA